UCCUUGCACGGACAUAUGCAGGUUCAUGAGCGGAACAAGGACGGCUCCCAGCCUGGCUCCAGGAUGGAGGAGUGGAAGCUGAAGGACACUCAGAAGUGCAGCCAGUGUGAGGAAGGCUUUGACUUCCCAGAGGACCUUCAGAAGCACAUUGCAGAGUGCCACCCUGAGUGUUCCCCAAAUGAGGACCGAGCAGCCCUCCAGUGCAUGUACUGCCACGAGCUGUUUGUGGAGGAGACCUCCCUCAUGAACCACGUCGAGCAGGCGCAUGCAGGCGAGAAGAAGAACUCGUGCAGCGUCUGCUCAGAGAGCUUCCUCACCGUCGAGGAGCUCUACAGCCACGUGGACAGUCACCAGCAGCCGGAGUCCUGCAACCCCAGCAACAGCCCAUCUCUGGUCACUGUGGGGUACACCUCUGUGUCUAGCACGACUCCAGAUUCCAACCUCUCAGUGGACAGCUCGACCAUGGUGGAAGCCGCUCCACCCAUUCCAAAGAGCCGAGGGAGGAAGCGAGCUGCACAGCAGACCUCGGACAUGACCGGUCCCUCUAGCAAACAAGCAAAAGUCACCUACAGCUGUAUUUACUGCAACAAGCAGUUAUUUUCGAGCCUUGCAGUUCUGCAGAUUCACUUGAAAACUAUGCAUUUAGAUAAGCCAGAGCAGGCCCAUAUCUGUCAGUAUUGCUUGGAGGUCUUGCCCUCACUCUAUAACCUAAAUGAACAUCUUAAGCAAGUGCAUGAAGCUCAGGACCCGGGCCUGAUUGUUUCGGCCAUGCCUGCCAUCGUUUACCAGUGCAACUUCUGCUCUGAAGUCGUCAAUGACCUCAACACCCUCCAGGAGCACAUCCGAUGCUCUCACGGGUUUGCCAACCCUGCAGCCAAGGACAGCAAUGCGUUCUUCUGUCCCCAUUGUUACAUGGGGUUUCUCACUGACUCUUCCCUUGAAGAGCAUAUAAGACAGGUCCAUUGUGACCUCAGUGGCUCCCGGUUUGGGUCUCCUGUGCUUGGGACUCCUAAAGAACCCGUAGUUGAAGUCUAUUCCUGUUCCUAUUGUACGAAUUCUCCAAUCUUCAACAGUGUUCUUAAGCUGAAUAAGCAUAUUAAAGAGAAUCAUAAAAACAUUCCCUUGGCCCUGAAUUAUAUUCACAAUGGGAAGAAAUCCCGGGCCUUGAGCCCCUUGUCUCCUGUGGCCAUCGAGCAGACAUCCCUGAAGAUGAUGCAGGCGGUGGGAGGCGGCCCUGCCCGUUCUGCUGGAGAAUAUAUCUGUAAUCAGUGUGGUGCUAAGUACACAUCCCUAGACAGCUUCCAGACUCACCUCAAAACCCACCUGGACACCGUGCUGCCGAAACUGACCUGCCCUCAGUGUAACAAAGAGUUCCCCAACCAAGAGUCCUUGCUAAAGCACGUGACGAUCCACUUCAUGAUCACCUCUACCUACUACAUCUGCGAGAGCUGCGACAAGCAGUUCACCUCGGUGGAUGACCUCCAGAAGCACCUGCUGGACAUGCACACGUUCGUCUUCUUUCGCUGCACGCUCUGCCAAGAAGUGUUCGACUCGAAGGUCUCCAUCCAGCUGCACUUGGCCGUGAAACACAGCAACGAGAAGAAGGUCUACCGCUGCACAUCCUGCAACUGGGACUUCCGCAACGAGACCGACCUGCAGCUGCACGUGAAGCACAACCACUUAGAGAACCAAGGCAAGGUGCACAAGUGCAUCUUCUGCGGCGAGUCCUUUGGCACGGAGGUGGAGCUCCAGUGCCACAUCACCACGCACAGCAAGAAGUACAACUGCAGGUUUUGCAGCAAGGCCUUCCACGCCGUCAUCCUGCUGGAGAAGCACCUGCGGGAGAAGCACUGUGUGUUUGAAACCAAGACCCCCAACUGUGGCACGAAUGGGGCCUCAGAGCAAGUGCAGAAGGAGGAGGCGGAGCUGCAGACCCUGCUCACCAACAGUCAGGAGUCCCAUAACAGUCACGAUGGGAGCGAGGAGGACGUGGACAGCUCUGAGCCCAUGUAUGGCUGCGACAUCUGCGGGGCAGCCUACACCAUGGAGACUCUGCUGCAGAACCACCAGCUCAGGGACCACAACAUCAGACCCGGGGAGAGUGCCAUCGUGAAGAAGAAGGCAGAGCUCAUUAAAGGGAAUUACAAGUGCAACGUUUGCUCGCGAACCUUCUUCUCCGAAAACGGGCUCCGUGAACAUAUGCAGACCCACCUAGGCCCGGUCAAGCACUACAUGUGCCCUAUCUGCGGAGAGCGCUUCCCCUCCCUUUUAACUCUCACGGAACACAAAGUCACACACAGCAAGAGCCUGGAUACUGGAAACUGUCGCAUUUGCAAGAUGCCCCUACAGAGCGAAGAGGAGUUUUUAGAGCACUGCCAAAUGCACCCCGACCUGAGGAAUUCCCUGACUGGGUUUCGCUGUGUGGUGUGCAUGCAGACUGUUACCUCCACUUUGGAACUCAAAAUCCACGGGACCUUCCACAUGCAGAAGACAGGGAAUGGGUCCACCUUGCAGACCACUGGGCGUGGCCAGCACGUUCAGAAACUGUACAAGUGCGCAUCUUGCCUCAAAGAGUUCCGUUCCAAGCAAGAUUUGGUGAAACUUGAUAUCAAUGGCUUGCCAUAUGGUCUGUGUGCCGGCUGCGUGAAUCUCAGCAAGAGCAGUAGCCCGGGCCUCAGUCUCCCUUCUGGCACCGGCAGACCGGGCUUGGGCCAGAAUGAGAAUCUGUGUGCCCUGGAGGGCAAAGGCAAGGCUGGGGGACUGAAGACGCGCUGUUCCAGUUGCAAUGUCAAGUUUGAGUCUGAAAGCGAACUCCAGAACCACAUCCAGACGGUGCACCGGGAACUCGUGCCAGACGGCAACAGCACGCAGUUGAAAACACCCCAAGUGUCGCCCAUGCCCAGAAUCAGCCCCUCCCAGUCCGAUGAGAAGAAGACGUAUCAGUGCAUCAAGUGUCAGAUGGUUUUCUACAACGAGUGGGACAUCCAGGUUCAUGUGGCAAAUCACAUGAUUGAUGAAGGAUUGAAUCACGAGUGCAAACUCUGCAGCCAGACCUUCGACUCCCCUGCCAAACUUCAGUGCCACCUGAUAGAGCACAGCUUUGAAGGAAUGGGAGGCACCUUCAAGUGCCCUGUCUGUUUCACAGUGUUUGUCCAGGCCAACAAGUUACAGCAGCAUAUAUUCUCUGCCCAUGGACAAGAGGACAAGAUCUAUGACUGCACGCAAUGUCCACAGAAGUUCUUCUUCCAGACAGAGCUGCAGAAUCAUACGAUGACCCAACACAGCAGUUAGUUCAAGUACAGCCUCUCAAGGAGAAGGACUUUUGCGGCACAAAAAGGGAACAUGUUUUACUCUUUGCACGAAACUUACAUUGUUAAUGUAUAUUCUUCAGAAGCAUUGUAUUGUAUCAUACAACUUGUAUUAUCAAACUGUUGGAUGUUCAUGU